UAUUGCCACGUCAACUUCAAGAGACUCGUGUGUUUGUUUUGUUGUUGGAGCAACUUUAGCUGACAUUUCUGAUGCGUAUUUGAAUUCGUUGCAUUUCAGCUAACACUGAUAAUUAGCCACAAUGCUGACGACGGAGGACUACACGCACUUCCCGGUCCAGAUGUGGGAGAGGGUGCUGUCGAAGGUGAAGAAAGCGGUUGUUUUUAUGGAUGACAAGUGUGCAGAGUCUCUCCACUGGUGCGGAGGUGCUGCCGUCUUACUAGAGGCUGGAGCCCGAAAUUUAAAGCAGUUUUCAAGCUUCGAAGCCUGUGGGGUGAACGAACCGAAAGCUGUGUUUGUGGUGAGCACUUUGUUAAAGGGAACAACGGGUGGAGAUCCUUAAAGACAUCAUCUCCUCAGUCACUUCCAGUACUGUGUUGUCAUCACCACUGUUGCUCACUCCGUACACCUGCUAGCCAACAAUGUCACCACAGAAAUGGAAGGCAGCCCUGUGUUUGAGCAGUUUGAAGAAAAGCUGUGCGAGUGGAUGGGAAACAUGAACUACACAGCGGAAGUCGUGCACGUCCCAGUGGUGUUCGCCCCGGUGUCCCAGCAGCUACUCCUCACGCCCAUGUUUGCACACCUGUUUCCCUUGCUCCCACCUGAUCUGGAGUCAAUAAAUGCAAAACGUCCAGAGAAGAAGAAGUUUGGAAGCUUACUCGACGUGGACAUGAAUUCUCUUCCUGUUGAACUGCAGUUUGAAAUCAAAUCCCUGGCUUCGGUGUUAAACUCAGUGUUUGAAGCUACAGGCACCAGAGAAGAGAGUUUCGCUGUGGGUCCCAUGAGCCGCAUAAUAGCAGGGGAACUGGCCAAUCACCCUCAAGCAAAGAACCGAAGGAAGGCGGCCCCUAAUAAAGCCUCCAUCAUUUUUGUGGACAGAACAAUGGAUAUUACAGGAGCUGUUGGUCACCAUGGAGACAACCUGGUGGAGAAGAUUAUGAGUGUGCUUAAACCUUUACCUGGUCAUGUGACAGACGUACAGGUGGACAUGCUGGAGCUCACAAGUCUGCAGCGAACCCCUCACUCCCAGACCACCCUGGCCCCCGGCUGCCUCGCGCAGACCCAGUCACCAGCAGCUCAGACUCUGUGGGAGGCCAUGCUGACCAAUAAACAUAAAGAGGGGGUGAUGGAGGUCCGUCGGCAACUAGUGGAAACAGCCAGCAAAGAGAAGCUGCCAAUCAAGAUGAGCAUGGGCCGUGUGACCCCCGAGCAGCUGUGCUCCUACAUGCAGCUGUUCAAGAGUAGUUGGGGGGCGCUAGAGAGUCACUGCGGGGUGCUCCAGCUGGGCCUGGCCACGUCCCAGACCCUCCGCCACCCCAGCCUGCCCCGCUGGGAUGCCUGCCUGGCCUUUGAGAGGCUGCUGCUGCAGGCUCUUGGAGACUCUGACUUCCCUGCUGUGCUGAGGCAGCUGCUGCCCUUGAUGAAGCCCCGUGGAGGCGAGGACAGCACGACCUCCGGUUCGAGGUCCGGGGAGGAUGAAAGUGGGCCCGAUGAGAUGAUCCUGCUGCUGGUCUACCUGUACUCCCUGGCUGACGAGGCGCAGCCUGCAGACCAGGACACGGAGGAGGAGGAAGUGGAGAAGCUGGAGAGGGAGCUGAUAGGAGUGCUCACCCUGGUCCUCACCCGAGAGAUCGAGCUCAGCCCCUUGGUCCAGAAACUCACCGGUUGUGCAAACCCAGAGGAGCUGACCACGGAGCGAGCCCAUUCUGCUGUGGAGAAGAUGUUCGACACGCUGAGAGGUUUGAGUCACGCCAGAGAUCACCUGAAGCAACUGCGCUCCGUCUACACCGCCAGCGACGGAGUUCACCAGGCGACAUAUCGUCCUUUUCUGCAGCAGAUCCUGGAGGAAGUCUUCCGUCCUGACAGACCUGAAUGUCCCGACAUCGACUACAUGUCCGGAGGCCUCACGGACCUGCUCAAGACCAGCUUCAGCAUGUUCAUGAAGGUGAGUCGCCCACAUCCUGGCGACAACCCCCUGCUCUUCCUCUUCCUGGUUGGUGGCGUCACUCCGGCAGAGCUACGUCUCAUCAAAGAGAGCGUUUCCACUCACAAACCAGGAACCCAGGUGCUGGUUUUGUCUACCAGAUUGCUGAGGCCGACGGAUAUCCCCGAGCUGCUCUUCACCACCCAAAGACUGCUGCCUGACAUCGGUGUUUAAGGGGCAGUCACGUGGAAACACACCAUGCACACGCACGUGGAAGAGCACAUGAUGCGACCUCUCGACACCUCCUCGGGUGUGAUUUGAGUGUCAGUAAAUGAGAAUCACUGUCAAAGCUGCAAGGGAAACGAUUCGGCAACAUUCCUUCCCUGCUCAUGUCUAUGUGUGUAUUCUAAAGUGAAAUCUAAAGCUAUGAUAUUAAAGUACCUAUUGGGUUUUAUUUUUCUUGCAGACAUAAUUAAAAAUGUAAAUAUCCGAGUGUGUAUUCCAAACAGAAACUCUCCAUCCAAAGCCGCUUUAAAGUGUUUUUCAGCAAGAGGUGUGAAAUGACAUCAAAUGUUAAUAUGAAACAAUAAAACCAGUGACUUGUCAAACACGGUCGUGUGAUGAUGCCUUUCAUUUGCUCAGUUGUUAGGCAUUUUGACCAGGCUGUGUUGAAAGUAGACUGUAUGUGUAAACUCAAAGAAGGCCUGCUGUUGUGAUGGAGAAUACACACAAUCUGUUAGGGUCCAUUCACACCUCAACACUUCAUACAGUGACACAUAAGAGCAGAAUAAUUAACAAGACGUUUCACAGCGUCUGCGUUUGGCCCAUAAUUUGCUCACACUUAGAGCUCGUCUUCACACUCCUGCAUCCCCCUCCUCCCUCUCCAUUCUCCCUUUAUUCUCUUCCACAUUAAUCACCUCAGCUAUUAUUUAGUAAGUUUACCCACCUAGACACCUGCAUUGACAACCAGAGUGUACCGCAUGUCCAAAAGAGGAAUAAAUCCUGUGUGUUCAGGCUUUGAUGACAGAUCAGACUGGGAUACAUUCAUGAUUGCCUAAUUAGAUUAUGGACUGCAAAUAAACAGAUCUCUAACAUAAUGAAACACACAUUCAAGUUAAUUGGAAAAGGGAUUGAUUUAUUUUCUUUAUCCUCAGUAGAGCCUGAACAUGAACUCUUCCACUGCUGUUGGUUCCGGCUUUUCUUUAGAUUUCUUUGUCAUCUUGAUUUCCAGUGGCUGAUGACAGCACCAGGGUUUUAUCUGUAGGCAGAUCUAAGGACCUGAGAAGCGGCAGUCCAGUCAUGCUCCUCAUUAAUGCUGGUAUCUAAGCAUUUGAUAAGAAUGGGGUUGUCCAUUGGUCAGACUUCCCUCGCCUGUAUUAGUCAUCCCCAUCACAUCAUCAAUGACGUUCCUCAUUGUGUCUUAAAGCCAAGGACAUGCUAUUGUUAGAUUGUUAGCUUUUAUUUGAUGAUUCAAAAAAACAUAACACCGCACUGCAGUCAUUGCAUUUGUUAAAGAUCAGAGGAUGAAAACACUAUAAAGCCAGAAGGAUUUUUGUCCAUUGUGGUCCUCUAGUACACCUCAUGAUAAUCAACACACCUAAGUGCAGACGCUACAAUCUACAUAUUCACAUGAGGGGGCAUGGUAGCUACGUCAACAUGCUCUUAUUAUGUUAGUUAUAAAGACUUAAACAUAUAAAUUGAAUAUAUUGUUGCUUUGUUACCAUUCCUUUAUGAUCAGUUUGAAAUUAUCUGUGAAAUACAGUUUCAGAUUUGUGGGCAGAAUAUGACUGCUUUACACUGUAGAGAAACGUGUUCUUUCUCAUUAGACCACAGAUUGGAAAGGAAAUAUUUAAUCUUUCUCUUAUAAAACAGCUAUGAUUUUUUUUAAGUAGUGAAAAUGAUUGAUAAUGCACUAUGAUACCAUAUUGGUAAACCAUCUUAAAUGAGUGAUUUGAAAUGUAUUGUCUGCUUACGUCAUUGUUUCGGUUGUCGAAUA